AAGUCGUUGUCCCUGAUCAGUGCUAGCAAUUAGGCAACCUAGAAUUUAAGCAAAAUUACCCGUUUUUUUCGCACCAAAUUCUAAGUAAUUAAGUCCAGUCAACAAGCUGGUUCUUCCGGUAACGAAAUUGUGUUCACCCCCAUCAAAAGUCAACCCAGCAGCGCCGAGAGAUUUCACCGCUGAGUCUCAAGCAUCUCCGCUUGUUUCGAGAAGAAAAAACGCCAUGGCCGGCAGCAAGUGGCACGACCAGUCUGGAAUGGUCCCACAGGAAACCGGUGCCGACCAGCUCCCAGCCGAAAGGGAAACGGGUAUCGUGGAGAAAAUGCUCAUCACCUAUGGAUUUAUCCGAUGCUGUGACAGACAGGCGCGACUGUUCUUCCACUUUUCGCAAUAUACUGGAAACCUCGACCAUUUGAAACCAGGAGACGCCGUAGACUUUGAAAUGACCUUCGACAAGAAGAGCGGAAAACCUAUUGCCGUUUCUGUGACGAAGAUUCCGAGCGACAUUGCCAGAGGAGCAGGGCAAACACCAAUCAAUGGAGUCAUCACAACCGAAUUGAACGCUGAGGGUAGAGGCGGCCGAGUUGCCUACGACAAUUGUGGCGAGUGCUUCUUCUUUGAGUUUUCUCGAAAGGACCUCUGCGACCCCACUCAGAGAGGUCCCCUCAAUGGACAAGAUGUCCAGUUCCUCGUCAUUCAAAGCGCUACUGGCAGACUCCAAGCGACCGACGUGCGUCCUGUCGUGUUAACUCCACAACAACAACAGCAGCAGCAGCAGCAACAGCAGCAACAAUCUCGCAAAGCUCAACAACAUUUCAUCACAACUCCAAUGGUGUACCCCAGCAUGGUGAUGCCUAUAAUGCCUGGCCUUCCAACGCCUCAAGUACUCGCAGCGUACAAUCCCGGCUCCGCUCUUCAAGUAACGCACGUAGUUAACGGAAGCCAAUCCGUAGGAGUCAACGGACGUAUGCUACAGCCUUCUCUCAAUGGAAACUCUGCAUCAGCAAAAGAUGCCGAUGCUUCGGCGGGUCAUUCUCAGGCGCAGAUCGCUGGUCAUAAAGUUAACCCCAAAAACUCUCUCAACGUUCAACAAAGUACCACCAUACAGCACUUCAGCGGACAAUCGACUAAGCAAACCAACUCAGUCCAGCAGCCGGGACAUCAGGCGGCUGGCAGCCUCAAGUACAUCGGGGCUCCACCGACGACGACGACGACCAACACCUCAACAUCUGGCUCAAUGCAAUCGAAAGGGCAGCCUAAGAACUCGAGAAACUCCAACCGUCUGGGAGACGACGAAGAACAAGAAAAUCACAACCAGCGGUUCCAGGGAGUCGUCUGUACGUUCAAAGACACAUUCGGCUUCGUCGAACGUGCCGAUGUUGUCAAAGAGAUUUUCUUCCAUUGCAGCGAAGGCUACGACGGCCUCGCUCUUGGAGAUGACGUGAGCUUUGAUAUAGCCACUCGUAACAAUCGUACGGUGGCUGUAAAUCUGCAACGUCUUCCAUCGGGUACAGUAAUUUUCAACGACCUGGAAGAAAACGUUCGAAAGGGAACUAUAACAAAGUUGUACAAUCCGACGGAGGAGCCUCUGAAUGGAAGGGUGGUCUGUGAAGAGAACGGCGAGGAAAUUCAAUUCGGAUUCGGGGACCGUGAUCUUGCUCCGUCGCUAUGGACUAUGAAAAGUGGCGACCCGGUCACCUUCCAGGUUGCGACGGAUCGUCGCGACGGAGCGAAACAAGCCACGAACAUCAUGUUGGCGACCUCGGCACCGGGAGCAUUCGCUAGGGAGACCCGACUCACUGGCACCGUCGCAACAUUGAAAGAGAACUACGGCUUCAUCACUACCGAACAAGACAACACUAAAUACUACUUCAAGCUGAACGAAGUGCUAGAUCUCGAAUUGAGAAUCGACAACGUGGUGCAGUUCUCUUUGGGCUCCGAGUUCCAGCACGGCAACCAGAGCGGAGGCUCGAUUAAUAACCGUCAGGUUGCCAUCCGAAUCUGUAAAGCGCCAGGUCAAGGCAAAAAGAAACAAUCCCGAAGAAGCACGGCUAAAUGCACCAAUCGAGGUUUCGUUUCGGCACUCAAAGAUCACUUCGGCUUCAUCGAAUCGGAAAAUCAUCUUGAAGACCUAUUUUUCCAUUUCACGAGCGUCGAUGGAGACAUUAAGGAUCUCCUGGUGGGCUCCGAAGUCGAAUACGCUCUCGUGAAGAAAGACCGACCCAGCGCCGAAGUUGUGCGUUUACUCGAGAAAGGUUCCAUACCGAAUCUCGAACUUGUGUCGGAUGAGGUCAUCCCAGGUAAAGUUGUCCGUUCUCUUCGCUGCCACAAUCCAGAUCAGGUGCCGUACACCGGCUUGAUUGAAAUGACAACAGCGGCGGGCUCCAACGACGAAUCGAAAGAAAAUGAGGACGCUGACAAUGAGGAUGAAACUAAUGCCAACAGUGAAUCGGGAAAAGCCUACGAGUUCAGUGUGAUGUCCCUCGCGAAGCAGGGAGAGGUCCUUCAGAAGAACGACCUCGUCGAAUUCCAGCUCGCCACCUCUAAGUCAAGCGGGAAGGUCUUCGCCGUCAACGUGAAGAGCGUCCGUAAGGUCGCGACCAUCGAAAUGAUGAAAGGACAGCUCGCUUUCCUCAACUACGACCUCGAAGGAGGUCGGAAGUUGUCCUUCAACACAUGUGACGUCAUCGAAAAGAUGAAGACCGACUUCUCGGCGGGCGACGUUGUCGAAUUCGACUUGGCUCGCGGCCGCAAUAACAAACUGGUCGCCACCAAUGUCAAACGCAUCCGUGAAAAGGAAGCUAGCCCUCGACCAGCCGCGCUCAUCAACCGCAUUAAAUCGAUGGCCAUUUCGGACGAUGGUCCUCGAGUUGUCGCCAUCCGCCAACCGAAAGGACCUGACGGCACUCGAGGGUUCCUGCUCGCCGAAGCGGCGGCCUAGAUCUUCCUCUCCCGCAGAGGAACUCCGAACAAGCAUUCGAGCUCGAGCCUUCGCGUCGAAGAUUGAAACGAGAAAAAAAAACAGAAAACCCGGAACGGAAGUCAGUAAAUUUCGGUCGAGGACUCCCCAGAUCAGUGAUCGGAGAAAUUUAUAUGCGGUUAAACUUGUUCGUCGAUCGAUCAGUCUAUCGAUCGGUGAACGAGAGACGGUCGGCGAAACUUUUCAACAGUAUCUAUGUGCAUUUCGUUCCUUCUCAUCGGCUCUCCCGGGCGACGCGAUUGGAAUGUCGUUAUUAUUGUUUUUUCUUGGCAUUGGAGCUUCACCGCAAGUACGUGCCCAUCCCGUCGCUAUCGAUACCGAAACAUUUUAAAUUGUCUUUCGAGAGAUAAACUCACGGUACACGCUGACCUAUUCAA